CUGAAGAAGGAAGCCUUACGAGUCUCAGACUGUGCGAUGCUCUUGUUGUGUUGUUGUUAUCGAGCCCCGAGGAGUGUGUGAGUUGCAGGCAUUGAGAGGGUUGUGCGCGAAGUAAUGGUUGCACUGGAAGAGAAGUGGUCGCCGGUGCAUUUAGAAGUGGCGGAAGCAGUGGAGAGACGAGGGUUUUAGGCCAAAGUCGCUUGCUAGGGUUCGUGGAGCUGGAAGAGUGGAGAAGUUGUCAGUCUCAAGAUGCGAAGUCCCGGUGAUUGCGAUUCCUGGCAUAAGGGAAAGUGUCUCGUGCUGUGCAGCUCAUCGCGAUUGUUUUUGUGUAGGAAGAGGGCGUAGCGAAAGGUGUAGCAUCAUGUUUGUGUUUAUGCUUGCUUGAAUGAUUCUUUGAGUGAACGUUUCUUUUGUUGCCGAGUGUUGACGGGCGUUUUUCCUUGAGAGGACCGGUGCCACGUCUGGUUUUUGUGGCAACAUGGAGGGGGCCUCGAUAUCUGCAAAUCCGCGAACGGUUGACGAAGUGUUUAAGGACUUUAAGGGACGGCGAUCGGGAAUGCUGAAGGCGCUUAUCACUGAUGUUGAAGACUUUUACCGCCAGUGUGAUCCAGAGAAGGAGAAUUUGUGUCUGUACGGUUUCCCGGAUGAGGCAUGGGAAGUAAAUUUACCAGCAGAAGAGGUUCCUCCUGAACUUCCAGAACCUGCCCUUGGUAUCAACUUCGCUAGAGAUGGCAUGCAGCGUAAAGAUUGGUUAGCCUUGGUUGCCGUGCACAGCGAUGCGUGGCUGCUCGCUGUUGCAUUCUAUUAUGGAGCUCGGUUUGACAAGAACGAGAGGAAGCGUUUGUUUAACAUGAUAAAUGAGCUUCCAACAGUAUUUGACGUAGUAACAGGAAAAAAGCCUGUUAAGGAGAAGCUUGCUGUCAAUAACAUCUCUGGCACCAAAGCCAAGCCUGCUGCGAAGGUGCAGCAGGUGACGCAAGCAAAGCCGGCUAAGCCUGCUCCCCUACCUCAGAAGGAUGAAGAGGACGCUCUUGAUGAUGAGGACGAGGAGGAACAUGGCGACACAUUCUGUGGAAGUUGUGGAGGGCCUUAUACUGCUGAUGAAUUCUGGAUCGGCUGUGAUAUCUGUGAAAAGUGGUACCAUGGCAAAUGUGUAAAAAUUACGCCAGCAAGAGCAGAACACAUUAAGCAAUACAAGUGCCCAUCCUGCACCAACAAAAGGGCUCGUACGUAACCUGUCAGGCCACACGUUUAUUGUUAUGGUACCAUUAACCUUUUCUUAGACUGGUGUGCUUGAUAGGCUCUAGUUCAAGCAAGUGGGGAUUAGCCUUGGUGCUGAGGAGAUUCUAGUUGAUUGGACUUGAAAAGGUUGACGAUCCGUCUUUCUAAUUGCCGUAUUCAAUGGAGGUACCCACUUGUUUACCGAUCACGUAGUUUGCAGCGUAGCGAAUACAGGUACCAUUGGACUUCUUGUGCGCUUGCUCCUACACAUGUUAAGAGGUUGUUUAUUGACCAACUUUUCACUACACUUGAUGUUAAGGGUAA